GAAAUUUAAGAAAAAACCGAGGCCACAUUCGUUUACUUUUAUCUUUGGCUGAAGUCUUCCUCCACUCCUUUUACCCCUUUUUUGUACUUUUUUAAGGACUUAAUUACUCAGUACCCAUCUCGCGUUGACACAACGUCAGCGAUAGUCACAUUGCCCCAACCUCCAAACCCCAAAAUUACCAGUGAUUCACUUCUCCAUAAUUUCAAAAUCAUGAAUUAAUUGUCGGGAAAGAUGGAAAUUGAAAGCCACUCGGGAAAUGUGAAUUUUGAGUGCCAGAAGCGACGGCUCUUUGAGACAGCCGAGUGGACCCUCCUGAGAUUGAAUCAGACGAUAAAUGAGAUGAAGAGUUGGAGUCGGGAACGAGAAAUUCUCACCAGUGACAUUUAUCGGUUGAAAAUUGCUCUGGGAUAUUCAGAAAAAUUGCUGGCGGAUCCCCUCGUUAUGCAUCAAAGCCAAGAAAUACAUCGCCUGGAGAAAAUGAAUAAUGAUAUGAGAAUGAAAGUAGAGAGUAUGAGUGUUGCACUGAUGAAUGCAGAGCGCACAGUAUCGUGGAAUGUGGAUAGAAAAGUGAGAUGUGAAAUGGCAACAGUCAAGUGCCAAGUUGCUGAAGAAAAGCUCCACCUUGCACGGGAAAUCGCACGUUUGAGGAGCGAGUUGAAUGAGGCAAAGGUCGAUAACACUGUGUACCAUCAAAUUAGAGAGAAACUUGACAAGUAUGUUGAGGGAGACAGACAAUUUGAUGCCAUCGUUGCUGAGGCUGCUGGAAAACUUAUUGACACAGUUUGUCAACUCUCGAGUGAACUAAUUAAAGUGGGACAAGAUAACGUGACCAUCAAAGUAUCAGAAGCCAGCACACCACCUCUGAAAUUACUUGGAAAUGGAGUCGAUGUGGACGCCGUGGAAAUAGCCAACGAGGUCAAUCGGCUCCAACCAGAGAAGCAACUUUUAUUAAAAGAAAUGGAGAAAAAAUUUCAUAAAAUUUUCAUGGAGAAAGAGUUAAAGGUGAGAGCUUUGAGGAGAGUUGCCUCGAGCCUGCGAACGAAGUUAAUCAUAUCGUUAGGGAGGAAUAAAAAAUUGUGCGAGAAGUUGAAUGACUUUGAGGAUGCAAAGAAUACCGAGGCGAGUGGAAAAGCUCCUGUUCAGACUGACGCCAGUGGAAACAGACAACCGACUUCAACAGACUCAGUUGACUUCACCGGAGGGGAGUUGAGACCCAGUAACGAGAAACUAAUCACUCGCGAAGAUAAUUGCCGAGAUACCUAUGAUGUUGAAGGACUCAGCGAGAAACUAAUGAGAAUUAUCGAUGAAAAAGAGAAGUUGGUGGAUCAGUUGGAGAUGGAGAGGACGACUACCCGAGAGGCACUGAGGGAAUUCGAAAAAUCAGUGAAAGAGAGCGAACGGAAGAACGAGGAAAUCAAACGAAUUGAGAUGAGCCUCUCAACGACAAAGAAAGAACUCAAGAAAUUGAAAAUUAAAAAUCGAGAAUUCAGACUUUUUAUCAGUAAAACUCCAGCACUUGAUAAAAAAAUUGUCACCACCAAAAUCAACAUCUUGAGGAUGAAAUUGAGAAAAGUAACGAGAAAUUUGGAUGAAAAAAAUCGAGAAAUUAGUUCACUAGAAUCCGAGAGGAAUUUUUUAAAAGCAGAAAAGGUCGAUCCUUUCAGCAAAAUGAAUUUUGAAAAUUUGAAACGAGUGGACGUGAAGGAGGAACAGGCGAUACCAGAGGAAGAUUUCCACCUAUCACAAUUAAAAACUGAAGAUAUUUCUCGUGAUGAUGAAGAUGUCCUCGACGAGACGGAUGAAAGGGGAGUCGGGCUCAAAGAAUUUCGAGGGAGAGAGGAAGUCGAGGGCCUAAAAUUAUCUGGGUUAGAGGUUGAGAAUGCAGCGUCGAGGGCAAUUGAACGAGCAAACACUGAGGAUACGUGUGCCUCUGGUGUGCCCCAGCGGGUAAAAACUUCAUCGGAGAAUUUACAAGUUUCAUAUGACGUCAAACAUGAAUCAAAGGAGGCUGAAGUGAUGGCGCCAACAGAAUUGCCGAAUUGCAUUAGUGAUUCGUGGCGAAGUCAAAGGGACUGUGUGAGUGCGAGGAAUUUUUAUUUAAUGGUGAGCAGAAGCUCAGAGGGAAUUAACUGGGCUGGAAAGUGUCCGUGGAUUAUUGAGAGAAGUGACCGAGGAAUUUUAGAGGUUCAGAAUGGACGGAAUUGUGGAUCUGGUUCUGACGAAGGAAUUGCAUCUGCUAAUGUACAGGUAAUUGAUAGAGACAGGACUGAUUACGAUGGCGAUGGAGCUGUUGAUAAGCCGGAGGAGACGAUGGUGAGGGGGCCCUGGACGAUUGAAAAUAACUCUCGAGAAGCUACGACACCUGAAAUGAUAAUGAGAAACUUGAAGGAUGCAAAUCGCGAGUUGUACGAUGUGAAAUCGGAUUUAUCGAGUGUCACGAGAGAGAUCGGAAGUCUCAGGAAGGAAUUAGACUCGAGGAGGUUUACAAAUCGCAUUCUGAAGAGGGAGAAUGCAGGUUUGAAGGAAGAAGUUGAGAGAAUGAGGGGAAUGAUAUUCCGAGUUGAGGAGAAGAAUAGGAAAUUGAUGAAAUUGGGAAAAUUUGGGGGGAAUUUGUGACGGAAAUCGAAGGUGGGAUUGAUCAUCCUGGGAUUUCUUCUCUUUAUUUUUCCAUGAGAUUGCGUAACAUCCAAUAUUCACGAUGAUAUUCGUCGAAGAAUUGUUUUUUGUAUAUUUUCCAAAGACUAUUUUGAAGUUCGUGAAGGAAAUUUCAAACGUUUAAAAUAGCUUUCAUAAAAAUAAUUAAAUGAAUUAAUUUCUGAUAAAUUGACGUAUGAGACUCAAAGAUUCCUGCUGUUUGUAAAAAAAUGAUUCAAUUCCAUCAAUCCAUAAGUAAAAAAUUGGAAAAAGAAACUUCUGACAAAAGUCCUGAAGCUCCCAAGAUUCUAUCACUCAUUCUCUCCAUUUUUCAAUGAAAUCACUCCCUCCCCUCCUCCCCUGAAACUUCUACACACGUCUACACCCACUCCCGUUGGUUUUUACCAGCUCACUCAUCGAAAAAGGGAAAAAAAAAUCUCGUAAAAACCAGAAGCCUGAAUCGAAUGAUAUAUUAAUCACGUUGGCGUUGUACCAUUACGGUACCUCGAGGCGAAGGAGGCAACGUAUGGGAGCUAAAAUUCUCCCGAGAUUAUUUUUCUACAAAAAACUAGUGAGAUGAAACGUGGGGAGUGAGAAAAAAAUGAAUAAAGCGCAAAAGGCCUGGAGUUUCCGGGGGUAUACCUCGCUCAUCCAUCAUCCAUUUGGGGCCAAAUGGGCGGAGAGCCUGACCUAUGUCCCUCAAAACCGUGAGUUACCAACGCUCUUCUACCCCCUACCCCUUUCUCUAUAACGAUACACAAUCUUAUCGUUGAAGUGGAUAUAAAAAAGAGCAUUAUCGCUGGCUUUGCAAUCAGUUAAAUUUCGUUUAGUGAUUUUAGAUCGCCUCUUCACGUGUACUAUUUACAGUACCUUCUGGGUAUCCAUUGCCACAUCUUGAGAAUAUUAUUUUACUGUCGGAGAGGACGCGACGAAUGUGCUCAAUUAUGUAAAUAAAUAUUGAAUUACUCAAAAUUAAG